AAAGUCAUUUUGUGUCAUACGUUUCGUAAGCUUUUUCAUGAAUGUUCAAUGAAAUCUGACUAUUGAGUGUUUUUAGUGUUUGAUGUGAUUGUGAUUUAAAAAAAACUCUAUUUUCCCCAUGUCGAUCGGGAUAAACUUGCGUGUCACUGGACACACCUCGAUUGGGGGCCGCAAGUAUCAGGAAGACUACUUUUCCGUGGCGUAUCAGCAAACGGAAAACGAUCAAAGUUUAGAGUACGCCUUUUUUGGGAUCUACGAUGGCCAUGGCGGAGCAGAAGCAUCUUUCUUUGCGAAGGAGCAUUUAAUGAACACAAUUGUGAGCCAGAAACUGUUCUGGUCGGAUAAUGAUGAUGAUGUGCUGAAAGCAAUUCGCGAGGGCUACAUCCAGACGCAUUAUGCGAUGUGGCGAGAGCAAGACAAAUGGCCAAAAACAUCGUCCGGAUUGCCAAGUACUGCUGGAACAACUGCGAGCGUCGCCUUCAUUCGUCAAGGCAAGAUUUACGUGGGCCACGUUGGUGAUUCUGGUAUUGUUUUGGGCUACCAGAAAGAUAAGGAAAAGGGCGAUGAUCCAAGCAAAUGGGCCGCUACUCCACUGACCGAAGACCACAAGCCAGAGUCUUAUGCCGAAAAAAUGCGGAUAAUGAAUUGCGGCGGAAAAGUCGUGUCAAAAUCCGGAGUUCCACGAGUCGUCUGGAAUCGACCGAGAAUUGGUCAUAAAGGGCCAGUACGGCGAAGUACACCUAUCGAUGAAAUACCAUUUCUCGCUGUUGCAAGAAGUUUGGGUGAUUUAUGGAGCUACAAUUCGGCUGUUAAUGAAUUUGUAGUGAGUCCCAAUCCCGAUGUAUCUGUCAUUGAGAUUGAUCCAAAGAAACACAGGUGUCUUAUAUUCGGAACGGAUGGUCUGUGGAAUGUUCUGUCACCAAAACAUGCUGUGGAAAUAGUACAUGCAGCAGAACGUGAAAACAUCAGGAUAUGUUUAGAAGGUGGUUGCGAUUGGAAAAAUCCUAGCAAGUUAUUGGUGAAUGAGGCACUUGAACGAUGGAGCAGAAGUAAUAUGAAGGCAGACAAUACAUCUGUGGUUAUCAUCAUGUUGGAUCCACCAGGGCCCCCAAAAAGAGAUGUUCUGCGAUCUAUGCGAGCUUCUAUACAACACAUUGAUUAUCAACCCACUAAUACGCAUCCGAUGCAUAACAUGAAUGUUACACUGUUUGAUCACACCACUCGGGAGCUGAUAGAUUUAUCCCAAGUAACCUGCCAGGAAGCACCACCAAUCAGUCAAGAUGAUACGCUACAUCAACCGUAUCUAGAACCCCAUGCCUCAACUUCUUAUCAGGAUAUGGGAUACAGUAAUAGCUUUGCUGAUUCGUACAAUACCUACCUAAACAGUAGUUUAAACAAUGAUCAUUCUUAUACAAGUCACACGACCACCACGGAACAGUACUCUGUGAAUCAUAGUUCACAGCAACACAACAGUUCUCAAGCGCAUGGUUUGAUUUAUCAAGAUGAAUCAAUCAAAACGAGUGAACAGGAUACGGAUGACACGUAUUCAUUAACUAAUCUUCAAACAAAAUCGGAACGUUUGCAUUCACAGAUGUUGGAAGCCUCAACAACGGCAUCGACAUCCAGAUAUCAAAAUACUGGAAACGUUGCUAUUAUUGAAAAUUUCCAUGACUAUCCAAUGCCACAUAUGCCUACAAAUCAGCCGUACGACAAUCAAUUCCACCAUCAAACCUUUCAACAAGAUCAACCAUCGUAUCAAAUGGAAAGAUUUGACUACAAUCAUCACCAAAUGACCAAAAUGAGUGCAACUUUAGCAGUUCACACUAUACGGCUCAUGAUCUUUCGGAACAAAACUAUCAGCGUGAGCAUGAAGAGUAUCUUUAUCAUGAAGAAUCAUCAGUCAAUGUUUCUUCCGAAACAAAUACCAUGAUUGUUCACCAACCGAGUAUCCUUAACCCUUGUUUGGUUGAAUCUUCCAAAACUGAGGAAACUAACACUACAGUUGAUUCGCUCUCUAGCGAUUCAGUAGAACGUAGAUGUGUUGAUAGAGUCGACGAAGAGGACAUU